GCUUUUUCUUUCCAGUGUUGGCUGACUUACAGCUCCUAUAAACUAGUGGCAAUUUCUGCACCCCAGCCUGCUCCCUUUCAGUUUGUGGUUUCUAAGUCCAUGUGUCCAGGGCGGCCAGAAAGGAGGUAUGUGCGGUGCGUGCGAUUUCCAGGCGACUUCACCUCUGGGCGUGGCGGAUGUGUGUAUCCCUCUCGCUCUCACUGUUAUCCUCUCCUUGGCUGGAUUUCAUUAAAGCCUCUGGAAGGGGCGCAUCCCUGAGUCCCGGGCCUUCUUCCCCUCUGGAGGUGCUGUCCUGCGGGUGUUUAUCUUUCGGGGGUAAGAGCAACCGCACAUCAUGGACCUCGUCGGGUUGCUGAAGUCUCAGUUCCUGUGCCACCUCGUCUUCUGUUACGUAUUUAUCGCCUCGGGGCUAAUAGUCAACACCAUUCAGCUCCUCACGCUCCUCCUCUGGCCGAUUAACAAGCAGCUCUUCAGGAAGAUAAACUGCCGGCUGUCUUACUGCGUCUCCAGCCAGCUGGUGUUGCUGCUGGAGUGGUGGUCGGGCACGGAGUGCGUCAUCUACACAGACCCCCAGGCUUACCCUAAGUACGGGAAGGAGAACGCCAUCGUUGUUCUGAACCACAAGUUUGAGAUCGACUUUCUCUGUGGUUGGAGCCUGGCCGAACGCUUCGGGGUCUUAGGGGGCUCCAAAGUCCUGGCCAAGAAGGAGCUGGCCUACGUCCCCAUCAUCGGCUGGAUGUGGUACUUCACCGAGAUGGUCUUCUGCACGCGCAAGUGGGAGCAAGACCGCAAGACUGUCUCCAAGAGCCUGCUGCACCUGCGGGAUUACCCUGAGAAGUACUUCUUCCUGAUCCACUGUGAGGGCACCCGGUUCACAGAGAAGAAGCACCAGAUCAGCAUGCAGGUGGCCCAGGCCAAGGGGCUGCCCAGCCUGAAGCACCACCUGCUGCCUCGCACCAAGGGCUUCGCCGUCACCGUGAGGAGUUUGAGAAAUGUAGUUUCAGCUGUAUAUGACUGUACACUCAAUUUCAGAAAUAAUGAAAAUCCAACACUGCUGGGAGUCCUCAAUGGAAAGAAAUACCACGCAGAUUUAUACGUUAGGCGCAUCCCUUUAGAAGAAGUCCCGGAGGAUGAGGCCGAGUGCUCAGCCUGGCUGCACAAACUCUACCAGGAGAAGGACGCCUUCCAGGAGGAGUACGCCCGCACCGGCACCUUCCCCGAGACGCCCAUGGUGCCCCCGCGCAGGCCCUGGACGCUCGUCAACUGGCUCUUCUGGGCCUCGCUGCUGCUCUACCCGUUCUUCCGCUUCCUGGUCAACAUGGUCAGCAGCGGCUCCUCGCUGACGCUGGCCGGCGUCAUCCUGCUCUUCUUCGUGGCUUCCAUGGGGGUCCGAUGGAUGAUCGGCGUCACAGAAAUUGACAAGGGCUCCGCCUACGGCAACAUGGACAACAAGCAGAAACACAGCGACUGACCCAGGACGCGUCACCAUCCAAAGGGGACCUUGGGGGACUGGCAGAUGCUGCCAUCGUCCUUGGUGGGACCCAGCGAAAGCUGGGUGAGCCCCUGCUGGGGAGGCAGGGGGUUCGGUCUCAGCGCCAGAUGGGGAGGAAGAUGAGCUUAAACCUUUUCCCCCACGUGCUUCAGUGGGCUUCGGUCCUUUCUUUCCCCGCGAGUUUGUGUGUGUGUGUGCGUGUGCGUAAGAGAAAGAACACAUACGAGUGAGAAUGAUGUGUGGGUGAGUGUGACCAUUCAGAGGGUAUGUGAGGUGCAGGGGGAGAGUAGAAAUGGGGAACACGGUGGAGUGUUCACUUUGAUCCUUUGGUGCUGAGUUUUCUGUAACCCUGGAUUGCCAGAGGCAGAGUAAAAGGCACUUUAGGUAAAAUGACUAAAUUUUGCCUCCCCCCAACCAAAAAAAAAUAUUAAAGUGUUUGGCUCCUCUGGUGUGUUCA